AUGUCUCUUUCGUCUUCUCUCCUCAUUCUUUCCCUCCUCUGCACCUUCCAGGGAACCACCUCGCUUCCCAAAAUCGGUGUCACCUACUCCUCCCCCUCGGUCCCCACAACAGUACGUACGAUCAUUUCCACCUCGCCUCCGCCGGCUGCCGAUCAGCCUCCGUCCCCGGAUCGUAUUGCGGCGGUGAUUAAUAAUCUCGGCUUGCCGGCCGUUCGGCUCCCGGACUCCGAUCCGUCAAUGGUCCGUGCCUUCUCCUACACCAACACCUCUCUCCUCCUUUCCAUCCCCAAUCUCCUGGUUCCUCUCCUCGCCGCCAAUCGUUCACUCGCUCUCAGGUGGGUCUACCGCCAUGUCCUUCCUUUCCAUCCUCGGUCAAAGAUCUCCCUCAUCUCGGUUGGAAACGACGCCGUUUCCUCCUCUCCGGACGUCUCCUCCUAUCUCCUUCCUGCAGUCAGGAACCUCCAUCUCGCCCUUCGCGAUUUGGGAAUCAGGAAGGUCCCGGUGUCAUCGACGUUCUCCUUCUUUUCCACCAUCACCACCGCGUUCCCACCUUCCUCAGCUCUGUUCCAGCAACCCGUCGGCGAUCUCAUCAUCAAACCCUUGCUCCAGUUCUUGGAAGACACAAACUCUUCCUUCUUGAUCAACAUCUACCCUUACAACAUGUACCGCCUAAACGCCGAGAUCCCCAUCGGAUUCGCUCUGUUUCAAGAACACCCGUUCAACUUCCGGGACGAUUUGAUUACCGGAGUCCGGUACAGGAACCUGUUCGAUAUGAUGGUGGACGCUGUGAUUAGCGCCAUGGCAGUGGCCGGGUACCAGAAUGUCCCUGUGGUAGUGGCUGAAACCGGAUGGCCAAGCUCCAGCCCCGAUCCCGGGGAGGUUGAUGCGACACCGUUUUAUGCAGAGAUGUAUCUAAAAGGACUGGUGGGUCACCUGAGGUCUGGGCUGGGUACGCCGUUGAGGAAAGAAGGAAUAACAGAAGCGUACAUAUACGAACUGGUUGACAAGGACUGGAAGCAAGGAACCAGGAAUUGGGGAAUACUGUAUCAGAACACGACUAAGAAGUACAACAUUGAGUACUCUGGUGUGAGCAGGAUUGGUUGGUUCAGAGGGAUAUUGAUUGCAAUAUUCUUAAUGGGUUUGUUCUGA